AUGCGUCUCUCGUUUGCCCUUGCUGCUAUAAUUCCGGUUGCUGCCUCCGCGGCAGCCGUUCAGGUCAAAGUCGGUCCCAAUAAUAUGCUCGCGCUCGAUCCUUCAAAAGUCAUGGCAGCGACAGGUGAUACUCUUGCCUUCGUUUUCCAAAUGCAUAAGAACCACGCGGCUGCGAAAACUACGGCCACAGGAGCACCCCGAGCAGCACCACCCUCUGGCCCACCACCCUCUGGCCCACCUCCCCCUGGCUCACCACCCCCUGGCCCACCACCCUCUGGCCCACCACCCUCCGGAGCACCACCCUCCGGAGCACCACCCUCCGGAGCACCACCUUCUGGAGCACCAUCUUCUGGAGCACCACCGUCCGGGGCUGUACCCUCUGGCGUUCCUCCCUCUGGUGCUGCACCCGCUUCAGCUGCACCCUCCGGAGUUGCGCCCACCACAAAUGCGCCCUCUGGUGGUGCACCCUCUUCAGCUGCACCCGCUGGAGCUGCACCAUCCGGCGCUCCUCCCUCUGGCGCUCCUCCCGCUGGUGCUCCUCCCUCUGGUGCUGCACCCGCUUCAGCUGCACCCUCCGACACUCCUCCCUCCGGCGCUCCUCCCUCCGACACUCCUCCCUCUGGCGCUCCUCCCUCUGGCGCUCCUUUCUCUGGAGCACAACCUGAUAGCGGUCCUCUUUCAAGCGCUUCUCUCUCUGAAGCAGCACCCUCUGGAGUUUCCGGGGCAGCAUUACCCUCUGUUGGGGCUGAGGCGCCCACAGGUCUUUCGAGUGGCGCACUCAACGCACCUACCCAUACGGGCUCAGCUGCUGCCACGAGUAGCACAGCGCAGGGAAAUGGUGCGCCUCGAAUGGGUGGCAGCUUCCCGAAUAUCCUGGCUAUCGUUGGUCUUCUGGCUGGUCUGACGUUGUAUAUUUAA